CACGGCCACUUCCGGGAGUCGGAAAGGAAGGCUCCGGGACCACCCUGGCAACACCGGUGUUUGGCUGGGUUCUAGCGUGGCCGUCUGUGUGGCCGGUGGGGGACCUGCGGUCGGAGUGGGAGGGCCAGUCUGCACCCAAGAGGUGGAAGAGGACGGGCUUUAGGCUGGAAGCGCCUUAGAGGAGCCAUUUUUCCAGGAUGCCUGGUUUGCUUUUAUGUGAACCGACAGAGCUUUACAACAUCCUGAAUCAGGCCACAAAACUCUCCAGAUUAACAGACCCCAACUAUCUCUGUCUAUUGGAUGUCCGUUCCAAGUGGGAGUAUGACGAAAGCCAUGUGAUCACUGCCCUUCAAGUGAAGAAGAAAAAUAAUGAAUAUCUUCUCCCGGAGUCUGUGGACCUGGAGUGUGUGAAGUACUGCGUGGUGUAUGAUAACAACAGCAGCACCCUGGAGAUACUCUUAAAAGAUGAUGAUGAUGAUUCAGACUCUGAUGGUGAUGGCAAAGAUCUUGUGCCUCAAGCAGCCAUUGAGUAUGGCAGGAUCCUGACCCGCCUCACCCACCACCCCGUCUACAUCCUGAAAGGGGGCUAUGAGUGCUUCUCAGGCACAUACCACUUUCUCCGGACCCAGAAGAUCAUCUGGAUGCCUCAGGAACUGGAUGCAUUUCAGCCAUACCCCAUUGAAAUCGUGCCAGGGAAGGUCUUCAUAGGCAAUUUCAGUCAAGCCUGUGACCCCAAGAUUCAGAAGGACUUGAAAAUCAAAGCCCAUGUCAACGUCUCCAUGGAUACAGGGCCCUUUUUUGCAGGCGAUGCUGACAAGCUUCUGCACAUCCGGAUAGAAGAUUCCCCGGAAGCCCAGAUUCUUCCCUUCUUACGCCACAUGUGUCACUUCAUUGAGGUCCUGGGCCUAUGUCAAGAAGUGCAAAAACAACAUGUGUCCAAAUCGGGGAUUGGUGAGUCAGCUGCUGGAAUGGGAGAAGACUAUCCUUGGAGAUUCCAUCACAAACAUCAUGGAUCCGCUCUACUGAUCUUCUCCGCGGCCCACCGAAGGGAGACCCAUCGGCUCUACCGCCUGAAGCUGGAGGAGCUGACCAAACUUCAGAACAAUUGCACCAGCUCCAUCACACGGCAGAAGAAGCGGCUCCAGGAGCUGGCCCUCGCCCUGAAGAAAUGCAAACCCUCCCUCCCAGCAGAGGCCGAGGGGGCCGCACAGGAGCUGGAGAACCAGAUGAAAGAGCGCCAAGGCCUCUUCUUUGACAUGGAGGCCUAUUUGCCUAAGAAGAAUGGAUUGUACCUGAGCCUGGUUCUGGGGAACGUCAACGUCACGCUCCUGAGCAAGCAGGCUAAGUUUGCCUACAAGGACGAGUAUGAGAAGUUCAAGCUCUACCUCACCAUCAUCCUCAUCCUCAUCUCCUUCACUUGCCGCUUCCUGCUCAACUCUAGGGUGACAGACGCUGCCUUCAACUUCCUGCUGGUCUGGUACUACUGCACCCUGACCAUCCGGGAGAGCAUCCUCAUCAACAACGGCUCCCGGAUCAAAGGCUGGUGGGUGUUCCAUCACUACGUGUCCACCUUUCUGUCGGGAGUCAUGCUGACGUGGCCCGAUGGUCUCAUGUACCAGAAAUUCCGGAAUCAAUUCCUCUCCUUUUCCAUGUACCAGAGCUUCGUGCAGUUUCUCCAGUACUACUACCAGAGCGGCUGCCUCUACCGCCUGCGGGCACUGGGCGAGCGACACACCAUGGACCUCACUGUGGAGGGCUUCCAGUCCUGGAUGUGGCGGGGCCUCACCUUCCUGCUGCCUUUUCUUUUCUUUGGACACUUCUGGCAGCUUUUUAACGCGCUGACGUUGUUCAACCUGGCCCGGGACCCUCAGUGCAAGGAGUGGCAGGUGCUUAUGUGCGGCUUUCCCUUCCUCCUCCUUUUCCUCGGCAAUUUCUUCACCACCCUGAGGGUUGUGCACCAGAAGUUUCACAGUCAGCGGCACGGGAGCAAGAAGGAUUGAGGCUGGGCCUUCCCCUGCCGGCCCAGAGGGGCUUCUGUCCUGUGUGUUGUGGGAGGGGAUGGGAGGCGCCCCUCGAGUGUGCGUGUAUCAGGGGGUCUCUUCUAUUCUCCCUUGGGUUUUAUGGGCUCUGUGGGCCCUGAAGGAAGACCUGGGCCCAGUGCCCUCAAUAAAGAGAGGCCCAGAGGUG